ACCUCUCCCUCCCUCCUCCAGGGGGCGUCUUGAGGGAGCGACAGCCCUGCAGGGUUGGCUGCUGCUGCCGAAGGAAGGCAUUGGAGGUUCUCCCACUCACGGUGGAUUGGGGUCCUUCCUCCCCUCACCCCCAAUGGUGGGGCACGGAGUGGAUUGGGCCAGGGGUCUCGUGGCAGCCCCCCGUGUCUCUUCCUGCACCCUUGGUCCUGGACUCCCUCCUGAUGGCCUUCCCCCUCCUCCUCGCAGCCCAUUUCUUGUACCAGGGGAAGGCCGAGUGCCACUUCCUCAACGGGACGCAGCAGGUGCACUACCUGCAGAGGUACAUCUACGACCGGCAGGAGUUUGUCUGCUUCGACAGCAACCUCGGGAAACAUGUGGCCCUCACACCGUUGGGGCAGCCGGACGCCGACCAGUGGAACAGUGAUAAGAACUUCCUGCAGUACUUGAGGGCCUCCGUGGGUCGCUUCUGCCGGAACAACUACGAGGCGGCCAAGACGGGGCGGAUGGUUGGCCGGAGAG